GCAUUUCUCCCACUUCACUGCAAGUGAGAAAGCAAAGAACCUUCUUUCAACAAACGCACAGAGAGAGAGAGAGAGAGAGAGAGAGAGAGGGAGAAGCACUGAAAUGGCGGCGAGAGGAGCUUUGCUAAAGUACUUUAGAGUUAAUGUUCAGACCGUACCUCAAAACCCUAGACUCAAUACCGGCCUCUCUGCCCUUUCAUUCAAUGCAAUAUUUCGCCGUUUCUCUGAGGAGGUGAGGGGCUCCUUCCUCGACAAAUCCGAGGUCGCGGAUCGUGUCAUCAGUGUCGUCAAGAACUUCCAGAAGGUCGAUCCUUCCAAGGUCACACCAAAUGCCCAUUUCCAAAAUGAUCUUGGGUUAGAUAGUUUGGACAGCGUGGAGGUUGUGAUGGCCCUUGAAGAAGAGUUUGGCUUUGAGAUCCCAGAUAACGAAGCAGAUAAGAUCAGUUCCGUCAACCUUGCUGUUGACUUUAUAGCUUCACACCCUCAGGCGAAAUAGGGAGAACUAUGAAGUUCUAAGUAGUAUUUUUGUUCUUUUCUAUGAAGAAUUAGCAACAUUAGUUAAAAAUUCUCAAAUCUUGGUCUCUAUUUUUCUUUCGAACAAAAAUGUUUGAGACACCUUGGAUUUGUCCAUUCCCGAAUCUGUUUGAAGAGGAUUGUUUUUGAUAUCUGUGACUGAAAUGAAAUGGUGCGCAUCCACUUGAAGGGAUUUGUAAUGGUCCAAUGAGCAGGAACUAUUGGUUGACACUAGUUGUUCAUUGCCUCUAUGAAAGUUUCUUUUCAAUAAAAAUUUCUUUAAUUUC